AUGGCGACACGUAGCACCGCCGCCCGUCUCCGGCGCACCUUUCACUAUCCCAGCGACGAUGGCGCCGCCGACUCCGACUCCGACUCCUCCCCCUCCGCCAUGGAUGAGCAAGAGCAAGAAUCCUACAUCCAGAGGCUCACCGACCGCAACCGCGCCCAAAACACCCUCAUGGCCCGCAUCCUGCUCCUCCUCCCGCUCCUCGCCGCCAUCCCAUACCUCCCCGCGCUGCCCUCGCUGCCCGCCUGCCUCGCGCUGUCGUCGCUCGCCGCCACCGCAUACCUGCUGCGCCGACUUCCCCCCGCCGUCACGGGUCUGUACCCGCUGGAUGCCUGGACGGGCACGGGUGGUGCCGCCGGCGCGCGCGGGCCCUUGGACCAGACCCUGCCGUACCUCAACGCGCUCCUGGCCGUGCUGCUCGCGUUUUGGGGCGCCGCCGUCGCGUACAAGGCGAGCCGCUUCGACGACGCGGCCGGUCGUAGUUCGACCACACGGCCGGGAAAGGACGUGAGCGGCGCGCUGGCGUGGCCUGUCAUGUGCAACUUGCCCGCGGGUGUGUAUGCUGUCGUGUUGCUGGCCAAGAUGGUCAUGGCCGAUGUCGAUCCGGAAAAGGAGCUAUCUGUGCUGCGAUACGACUACAAAGGGGCCUAA